AUGGAGACCAAAGCCAAUCACGCCGGUCGUGUGCACGGCGGAACAGCCGGGUCUGGGACGGGGUCAGCGGGCAGGGGUCAGCAGGCAGGGGUCAGCGGGCAGGGGUCAGCGGGCAGGGGUCAGCAGGCAGGGGUCAGCAGGCAGGGGUCAGCAGGCAGGGGUCAGCGGGCAGGCGUCAGCGGGCGGGGGUCAGCGGGUAGGGCUCAGCGGGCAGCGGUCAGCGGGCAGGGGUCAGCGGGCAGGGGUCAGCAGGCGGGUCAAAGCACCGUUUAG